UCGAAACGACGUUCUCGAAGCUAGCAAACCAAUCUGUCAAAACCCACGUGCGUCUUGUAAACAAACGCAAGUACAAUGUCUCAAAAACCCUUAACAUAUGAUGGAUGCAACUUUCUCCGUCAACGUCUCGUGUUGGCAACACUAAGCGGAAAGACAGUGAAGAUAAAAGGCAUAAGAAGUAAAGAUGACAACCCAGGAUUGAAAGAUUUUGAAGCAAGUUUAAUUAGACUUUUGGACAAAUUGACUAAUGGGUCGAAUAUUGUUGUUACUGAAACAGGUACCAGUUUAUUGUAUCAUCCAGGACUUCUGAUUGGUGGAAAAAUUGAGCAUGAAUGUAAUCUACAGCGUUCUAUUGGCUAUUUCCUAGAAGUACUGAUGUGUUUAGCUCCAUUUUGUAAGAAACCACUUCAUGCAGUGCUGACUGGCAUCACUAAUGAUCAAGUAGAUCCUUCGGUUGACAUGAUAAAACUCUCCACCAUUCCAGUUUUAAAGAGAUUUCUUGGGACAGAUGAUGGCUUAGAACUCAAGGUAACUAAACGAGGAGCUGCACCAGAAGGUGGAGGAGAGGUUUUAUUUCGAUGUCCAUGCCGACAGAAACUCAGACCUAUAAAUUUUACAGAACCAGGAAAAGUUAAAAGAAUCAGGGGUGUUGCUUGGGUCACAAGAAUGUCACCGGCCACAGCGAAUCGUGUUGUUGAUGCCACAAGAAGUGUUCUCAAUUCUUUCCUGCCCGAUAUUUACAUCUACACAGACCAUAUGAAGGGUGCUCAAUCUGGAAAGUCACCAGGGUUUGGUCUGACUUUGGUAGCUGAGACAACUGAUGGGGCUUUCUAUGCAGCUGAGAUGGUAUCUAAUCCUAAAGGAUCAAACCAGGGACCUACAGUUCCAGAGGAUCUUGGUAAAGAGGCUGCAAAAUAUCUACUACAGGAAAUAUACAGGGGUGGAUGUGUUGAUUCCAUCAGUCAAAGUGUAGCAGCUUUAAUGAUGGUGUUAGGACAACAAGAUGUUUCUAAAUUACAGACCGGCCAACUAACAGAUUAUAGCAUACAGUAUCUUCGUCAUAUCCGAGAUUUUUUCCAAGUGAUGUUUAAAGUGGAUCCUCAGACAGUUAGUGAAGAGAAGGAGGAUAUGAAACUUGGUGGUGAAAAAUUAUUACUAACAUGUGUCGGUGUAGGAUAUUCGAAUCUCAGCAAGAGAAUUACAUGAUCAUAAUUGUUCUUAUUAAUAAUUGAAAUUAAAACUUGCCAUUCUGCAUUACCUAGAUGGAUUCCAGUAGCCACAGUUGGGGGCAUGAUUUCUA